AUGUCCCGUGAAGACAUCGGGCUUCGCCUGAUCAAGGCUUUCAAGCCAUGCGGAGUGAUUGAAGCAGUCAAAGUGUUCUUGAAACCUCUCCCCAUCAACGACACCAAGGGCAUCAUGGCCUGCGCCCGUGGUGAUUCGGGACUCGGUGCAGUCGAUGCGUCCGAGUUCGCCUCCGACAUUGUGCUCUAUUAUAAUGCUAUGGAGAGGGACGCCGUGGAUGUUUACGAGCAGUCCUUCGCAGGAAAAUGGCUCGAAGAAGAGGCCGAAGCCAAAGCCGCGGCCGCACGCCUCGACCCUGCCACCCACUCCCUUGUUGCCCGUCUGACGUUCGCGGAUGCUGCCGCCGCCGCCCGUGCUCGCCAGCUGUGCCUCGUCCCGAGCAACAAGGAGGCGCUGGAAGAGGUUCGCGUGCACUGUGCACGCGUCAACGCCCUCGAAUUCCCCAGUUGGAAGGCAGCCAUCGACGCCCCUAGCGACACUGACUUGGACAUGCCGCUCAGCAAGCCCCCCAACGACAUCAAGCCCGUCAGCACGCUCUCUGACGGCCGCAGCCUGAGUGUCUGGGACGGCACCGCUGCUCCCACCGUCGCUCCUCUCAAGUCCAAGAAAUGGGUGUACUUCGGCCCUGCGGACCUUCUGCUGUUUGAGGAUCCUCGUAAACCACUUUUGGAAACGAGCUGA